CUCGCACCUCUGCUUGAGCAGGCGGUGUUUCUGCGUCCGCGUGAGCUGCCUCGGUGAAGCUCCGCGGCGGUAGCACUGCGGACAGGGGGGGCUGAGGGCAGGCAGCUUCAGUGCUUCCACCAGCACAGGGCGGUUCGGGGGGGGGGGGAAACAAAGCGGAACGGAAGCUACGCGGAACUCUUGUGUCCAGCCGCGCAUCCGUUAGCGGCUCCGUUCGCUGACUUCCGCUUCCGGACAGCGGUUGUGUCCCUGGCGGAGGGCCGUGGAGCGGGCAGGUAUGGGGCAUGGAAGUGAACAUGGCCACGGCCAUGGCAGAACAGAACUCCCCGACUACAGACAGUGGAAGAUAGAGGGUACUCCACUAGAGGAGGUCCAAAGAAGGUUGGCUAAACGGGGUCUCAGGGAUCCAUGGGCUCGUAAUGAAGCUUGGAGAUAUAUGGGUGGCUAUGCAAAACCUGCCACCUUAACAGAAGUCUUUACUAGGGGACUCAAGUGGGGAUUUGCAGCUUUCGUCGUUGCUCUUGGCAUUGAGUAUGCCCUGUUUCCCCCAAAGAAGAAUGGAGGACAUCACUGAAGAUCAAAUAUGACAGUACUUUUCACUACUAAAAUGUACAAAAGCCUGCUGCCCACUGUACUUAUAAUAUGCAUAUUAAAGUCUAUUACAGAUAAAA